AUGGCAACUGCCGAAAAUGAAAAGAAGAUGAAGAUACUGUGUCUCCAUGGAUUUAGGACCAGUGGAAGCUUUCUUCAAAAGCAAAUUAGCAAGUGGGAUCCUUCUAUCUUUUCUCAAUUUGACUUGGAUUUUCCUGAUGGGAUAUUUCCUGCUGGAGGCAAAUCUGAAAUAGAAGGCAUCUUCCCACCACCAUACUUUGAGUGGUUCCAGUUCAACAAGGGUGCCACACUCUCAGCCCUUCUACUUGGCUAUCAAGCUCAGGAAACAUUGAAAAAGGCAAAUGUUGUGAUGAAGCAGGGCAAAGUGUUGAAGGAGCAUCCACCUUUUAAACUGUUUGUGUCAGUAUCUGGGUCCAAAUUCAGAGAUCCAAGCAUAUGUGAUGUUGCUUAUAAAGACACCAUUAAAGUAAAGUCAGUCCACUUUAUAGGGGCAAAAGACUGGUUGAAAGAACCUUCAGAGGAGCUUGCCACCGCCUUUCAGAACCCUCUCCUCAUAAGACAUCCACAAGGCCAUACCGUCCCUAGACUUGAUGAGGCAACAACAGAGCAGCUACGUGCUUGGGCCACAGACAUCCUCAGUUACGAUAAGAAAAUUAGAAAUGGUGGAAGUCGUGAAUUGGAGAAUGGAGAGACUAAAGAGGACGUGGAAGUAAAGCCAGGAGAGGUCUCUAACAAGAUCGAUAUUAUUCAAGAUCAGCAACAUGAUGGAGUUGAAACCAAACGAAAGAAAGAAGUUGAAGUUAUGGCACAGCAGAAGCAGAAGAAGCAAGAUCAAACCGUCGUUAAAUCUCGCAAAUCCGCUGCGUUCUGGACGCAGCAAAUGGCGACAACGACUGAGGCGCAAUCAAAUAAUGAAAUUGCAAAAAAUGUGUUUGAUUUAGGAGCUUUUGUUGGUGAUUUAGGCGCUAUUGAAGAUGAUGCCGCCAGUGAUGAUAUAUCAUUAGAAGGACUUGAGCAAGAACUAGAAGAAUGCAAGAAUGAUGAUGUAGUUACGAAUAUACUGUCGAAGGGGACGAAAUUGAGGGAUCAUACGAAAGGAGUUGAGAAUAAUUUACGGCAAGUUGAGUUGGACUCGAUUCAGGAUUAUAUAAAAGAAAGUGAUAAUUUAGUGUCUCUCCAUGAGCAAAUUCGCGAUUGUGAUACCAUCUUGUCGCAGAUGGAGACUCUGCUUAGUGGAUUUCAGGGUGAGAUUGGUUCUAUAAGUUCAGACAUUAAGAUUCUCCAGGAGAAGUCUAUGGAUAUGGGUCUGAAGCUGAAGAAUCGUAAGGCGGCUGAAUCAAAACUGGCAAGAUUUGUUGAGGACAUUAUAGUCCCUCCCAGAAUGGUAGACAUAAUUGUUGAUGGAGAGGUUAACGAGGAGUAUUUGAGAACUCUUGAAAUACUUAGUAAGAAGCUGAAGAUCGUUGAAGCAGAUCAAUUGAUUAAAGGUUCUAAAGCUCUAAAAGAUGUUCAGCCCGAGCUUGAAAAGCUUAGGCAGAAAGCAGUUUCAAAGGUGUUUGACUUCAUUGUUCAGAAACUUUAUGCUUUGAGAAAACCCAAAACAAAUAUUCAGAUCCUUCAACAGAGUGUUCUUUUAAAAUACAAGUAUGUCAUUUCCUUCCUCAAGGAACAUGGCAAGGAGGUAUAUAUUGAGGUUCGUGCAGCAUACAUCGACACAAUGAAUAAGGUACUAAGUGCGCAUUUCCGUGCUUAUAUUCAAGCAUUGGAGAAAUUGCAGUUAGAUAUAGCAACAUCUAGUGAUUUGAUUGGUGUUGAUACAACCAGAAGCACUGGUCUUUUCUCAAGUGCAAGAGGACCACUGAAGAAUAAAUCAGCUGUAUUUGCUCUGGGGGAGAGGAUCAACAUUUUGAAGGAGAUGGAUCAACCAGCAUUGAUUCCCCAUAUAGCUGAAGCCAGCUCCCAAAAGUACCCUUAUGAGGUUCUUUUCAGGAGCUUGCACAAGCUGCUAAUGGAUACUGCUACUUCUGAGUAUCUUUUCUCUGAUGAUUUCUUCGGGGAAGAAUCCAUUUUUUAUGAAAUUUUUUCAGGCCCAUUUGCUGUUGUUGAUGAACACUUCAAUUCAAUACUACCUAACUGUUAUGAUGCCAUAGGCCUAAUGCUAAUGAUUCGCAUCAUACACCAGCACCAGCUCAUUAUGUCUCGGCGGCGGAUUCCAUGCUUGGAUUCAUAUUUGGACAAGGUCAACAUUUCUUUAUGGCCUCGUUUUAAGAUGGUAUUUGACUUGCACCUUAGCAGCCUCCGUAAUGCAAAUGUGAAGACGUUGUGGGAAGAUGACGUCCAUCCUCAUUAUGUCAUGAGGCGUUAUGCUGAAUUUACAGCUUCACUUAUUCACCUUAAUGUUGAAUAUGGAGAUGGGCAGCUUGAAUUGAAUAUGGAGAGACUGAGAAUGGCCAUUGAUGACCUGCUCAUGAAGCUUGCUAAAACAUUCCCAAAACCAAAACAACAAAUUGUGUUCCUUAUAAACAACUAUGAUAUGACUAUCGCUGUUUUGAAGGAAGCUGGCCCAGAAGGUGGGAAAAUUCAAUUGCACUUCGAGGAACUGCUGAAAAGCAACACGUCGUUGUUUGUGGAAGAGUUGCUACUAGAGCAUUUUAGUGACCUAAUCAAGUUCGUGAAGACCCGAGCCUCGGAGGAACCGGGUUCAAGUACUGAGAAGCCCAUAACCGUUGCUGAAGUCGAGACAAUUGUGAAGGAUUUUGCAAGUAGAUGGAAAGCUGCAAUAGAGCUGAUGCACAAAGAUGUUAUCACUUCUUUCAGCAACUUCUUAUGCGGUAUGGAGAUCUUGAGAGCUGCAUUGACACAGCUCCUGCUUUAUUAUACCAGGCUCUCGGACACGAUAAAGAAGAUUGUCGGUGGGUCUGCGCUGAACAAAGAUCUUGUGUCUAUAUCCUCAAUCAUGUACGAAAUCAGGAAGUAUUCAAGGACUUUCUAG